UUAACGUACCAACUACGCAUAUAUGCGUAGAAAUAUACGACGUGAUUUUAACGCGCAAUUGUGGUGAAUUAUUGGGGCUUGGGCACUGGUGUUUCAUUUCAAAUGACUUAACAUAAAGUGUAGUUUGAGGCAGUGAAAGAAAUUGGCCGAUUUGGCGAGUUGUAUUAAAGAAUUUGGAAAUUUAAAUUUCGAGUGUGUAUUGUCUGUGGUUUUUUAAAAAUGGCGGCGUGUGAAAUAUCUCCUGAAGCAUUCUGUGCGACUAGAAGCGAUGAAAACGAUGUGGGAAUCGAAUUUAUCGACGAAGACAAUUUACCUUUGGCUUGUAUCAGUGUUUUGGAGCAUCCCGAGUCAGAAGAAGAGAUUGACUCCGAUGAUUUGGCAAAAUCUAGCGGGGAUGAGUCAGAAGAACUGGAAAGUGAACAAGAUGAAGACCCAGGGGAGGAAGAAGAAGUAUCGGCAUAGAGCGAAGAAAUAACGAGAAGGGAUGAUAUUGAUUUCCGUGAACUCGUGGGAUUGGCAGCAAAUGUAAACAUUAGAUCUUUGACAUCAAGCAAAGGGUUUUUUGAUCUGUUCACUGCUCAGGUAUGGGAGUUGUUAGUUGCUCAGACUAAUCUGUAUGCAAAUCAAAAACGAGGAGCUGCAGAAAAGUCUGUGUGGUAUCCAGUGUCUGUGGAAGAAAUGAAAGGUUGGGUUGCCAUUUAUUUGUGUAUAGGAAUUAUUAACAAGCCAAAUAUCCCUUCCUACUGGAGUACUGACCCCAUGCUGUCCUCCCCAUUCUUUGGUGCCUCUAUGUCAAGAACAAGAUUUCUUCAAAUUCUGCACUAUCUUCACUUUGCUGAUAAUUCCCUGGUUCCCAGGCCUGAUUCACCAGAUUUUAACAAGUUGUACAAAAUUCAGCCUCUGCUGGAUCUGAUUAUACCAAGGUUUAGGGCAGUUUACAGUCCUGAGAGGCAACUUGCUGUCGAUGAGACCUUGAUAAAAUUCAAAGGGAAAGUUUAUUUUAGGCAAUUCAUCCCCAUUAAACCAGGAAGGUUUGGAAUCAAGGCAUUUACAUUGGCUGGAUCAACUAGUGGCUAUGUUCUAGGGAGCAAGAUAUACACUGGAAAGGAAACCAAUGAAGUCCAGAAAGAUCUAGGAAAAAGGGCUGUUAUGUCAUUGAUGGAACCUUUCCUUGACAAAGGCUACUAUGUGUUUAUGGAUAAUCAUUACACUUCUGUUGGGUUAUUUGAGGAAUUAGAGGGAAGGAAAACUCUGGCUUGUGGCACUGUGAGGUCUAACAGGCUAGGCCUGCCCAAGGACAUUUGUGAUGUGAAGUCAAGCAAGGUUAAAAGUCUGAAAAGAGGAGAGUCCCUUUACAGACAGAAAGGUAAUUUAACUUGCGUGACAUGGUGUGACAGAAAACCUGUCAGUUUCUUAGGCACUGUACCCACAAGUGAAGAUGAUUCUGGUGUUGUGGAAAGGUCAGUGAAGGUAAAAGGCCACUGGGUGAAGCAAAACUUUGCCUGGCCUGGUAUGGUUAGCCUCUAUAAUACUUACAUAGGAGGUUUUGAUGUCUCUGAUCAGAGAGUCAGCUCAUAUGCAAGGCUAAUGAGAGGUGCUGUGUGGUAUUAUAUAUCAUAG